CAAAAGCUGUGAACAGCCAGCCAAUUUAAUCUCCAAAAUCUCCCGUUCACACACACACACACACAAACUCUGGUCCAAUGUUCUACCACAAAAAGUCUAUUUUGACCACUCCCACCAUCUCCCCUUCUCCUCUCUUUCCUCCUAUCUGCUUAAACCUUUCCUCUUUAUUAUUUAAUAAUCCUUUCAAUUAUUUCCAGUUCUUGAUUUCUUGUCACUUUCUCACUACAUCUCCUAUGUAUUUAACCAUCAACUCAUUGUUUCCCUGAUUUCCCACAUGCCAAAGGUACUACAAUCUUUUUAACUCAACAAACAUGGGUACCUGUUUUUCAACUACCAAGAUCAGUGGUUCCAACAGCAACGCCCCAUCAUCAUCCACCGCCGCCCACCGCCGCCCACCAACCGCUGAUGGAGGUGGGUCUAACCCUGUUCCUCAUAAAACCAACAAUAAGAAUAAGAUGAAGAACAAGGCUACUUCUAGGCGCCAGAAUGGAGUGAUCCCUUGUGGGAAAAGAACUGAUUUUGGGUAUCUUAAGGAUUUUGAUCAGAGGUAUACUAUUGGGAAGUUGUUGGGUCAUGGUCAGUUUGGGUAUACUUAUGUUGCUACUGAUAAAGUUAAUGGUCAUCGUGUUGCAGUCAAGAAAAUUGAUAAAAAUAAGAUGAUCCUUCCGGUUGCCGUUGAGGAUGUCAAGCGAGAAGUCAAAAUAUUACAAGCCUUAAGUGGUCACGAAAAUGUGGUUCAGUUUUACAAUGCAUUCGAAGAUGAUUCCUACGUGUAUAUAGCUAUGGAGUUAUGCGAAGGCGGUGAAUUACUGGACCGAAUCCUGUCAAAAAAAGACAGUCGUUACACAGAGAAAGAUGCAGCAAUAGUCGUAAGACAAAUGCUUAAAGUUGCAGCCGAGUGUCACUUACAUGGUUUGGUGCAUCGUGACAUGAAACCAGAGAACUUCCUUUUCAAGUCACCAAAAGUAGAUUCACAUUUGAAGGCAACAGAUUUUGGACUGUCAGAUUACAUAAGACCGGGAAAGAAGUUUACAGACAUUGUGGGUAGUGCUUAUUACGUUGCUCCUGAAGUAUUAAGGCGUAAAUCAGGACCCGAGUCUGAUGUAUGGAGUAUAGGUGUAAUUACAUACAUUCUACUAUGUGGGCGUAGACCCUUUUGGGAUAAAACAGAGGACGGGAUUUUUAAAGAGGUAUUACGAAACAAGCCUGAUUUCCGCCGCAAACCAUGGCCAAGCAUAAGCACAAGUGCUAAAGAUUUUGUGAGAAAAUUACUUGUUAAAGAUCCACGUGCACGACUCACUGCCGCUCAAGCAUUAUCACACCCAUGGGUUCGAGAAGGUGGAAAUGCGUCUGAGAUUCCUCUUGACAUUUCUGUUUUAUCAAACAUGCGAAAGUUUGUGAGAUACAGUCGCCUAAAACAGUUUGCUCUACGGGCACUUGCUAGCACUCUUGAUGAAGAGGAACUAGCGGAUCUCAAAGAUCAAUUCCAUGCAAUUGAUAUUGAUAAAAGCGGUGCGAUUAGUCUUGAGGAAAUGAGACAGGCCCUUGCUAAAGAUCUCCCAUGGAAGAUCAAAGAAUCGCGUGUUUCAGAGAUUCUAGAAGCGAUCGACAGCAACACAGACGGGCUUGUGGAUUUCACAGAGUUUGUGGCAGCUACUCUCCAUGUUCAUCAGUUGGAGGAACAUAACUCUGUAAAAUGGCAACAAUUGUCACAGGCCGCUUUUGAAAAAUUCGAUGUGGAUAGAGAUGGGUACAUAACUCCAGAAGAACUCAAAAUGGUCAAACGAGCUUCUUUUCAAGCCCGAAAUUGAUACUCGUUUCCCCACAAAUAUUCAAUCCAACCGUUGCAUUUUUCUCAAGACUUCAAGAAAACACCUAUUAAUUUUAAGUCAAAAGUUGUGUCUUUUUACAUACUCACGCCUACUUGUUAACUUUUGCAGCAUACGGGUUUGCGAGGCUCGAUAGAUCCAAUUCUAGAGGAGGCUGACAUUGACAAAGAUGGGCGGAUAAGCUUGCCUGAGUUCCGUAGACUCUUAAGAACUGCAAGCAAUCUCUCUAGCCCGACUGCACAUAAAGCUUCACAUAGAACAUAGGCAGAAAAAACGAGACUUCAUGUUUUCGCGUGUGAGUUGGUUUUCGUUUUUGAGUGAAUAAAUUUGCUUUCUUAUCACCAGGAUCUCAAAGCAGCCAUUUCCAUAGACAGCCUGUUUUCUUGAAGAAAAUGCAGGUUGCAUUAGCCGUAGGUUGUAUGAGGAACAUGUUAUAUACUAUGUAUGCAAGAACAGAAUUAGUGUUAGUCUUUCAAGUUAUUUCUUGUGUGUGUAUAGUUGAUGUCAUUAAGGUCGGUCCUGUGUCAUGUAAGUGAACGUUUAUAAGCACGUUAUCAUGGUGUUCUUUGUGAUUUUGAGUCGUUUGAUCCGAAGAGACCAGUUUCUUCUUUACAUCAGGGUUUAAAUCAUAAAGAGUGCAUGUUAUUGUACCAUGUUCUUGUAUAGCUGUACCAUACAGGUACAGGUACAUAUGUAAGUUGAACCUUAUGGCAAGUGUUUCUUUUCAGUUAUA